CAUCCCCACACCCACUCUCUAGCCUCAGCAUUUUCCUCCACAAAACAAAACUUUGGUGCCUAAACUUGCAUCUUUUUCACCAAAUAAUUCUGUCAAAAUCACUUUUGCUGGAAAAUUUAAUUUCUUCAUCAUCAUUUCCCCCUAGCAAUUUCAAUUUUCCAGUCUCCCAAUCCAAAGUUCUUGAUUUCAUUCCUAUUCCGGGCUUGUUUGCAUAUAUCAACGUAACCUUAGCUUCUUCCGAGGAAACUAACGUACGAGGAAUAUAAUCGGUGCGUUCGUACGUGCAUGCAUGGCUUCAUGAUGCAGAGACGGCCAUUAAACUUGUGCAAUUUCUGGCGUCGAUCGGUUCUGUUUAUUCGUCCAUGUUUGGUUCAUAUAUGCGUGUGAUGAAAGGGGGGAAACCUUAAAGAUCCAUAAAAAUGGCGGAUAGUAAAUUGGGCGGAGACGAUGCGAUUACGAGCAAAAACCCUCAGAGCAGCGUGACGUGCGUGUACCAAACGCACAUCGGCGGCUACUGGCGGAACGUGACGGUGAUAUGGAACAAGAACAUGAUGAACCACAGCCUGAUCAUAACGGUGGACAGCGUGGAAAGCGACGACCACGCCACCUGCAAAAUCGACCUAAAACCUUGGCAUUUCUGGGCGAAGAAGGGGUACAAGACGUUCGAGGUGGACGGGUACCAGCUGGAGACGUACUGGGAUCUCCGGUCCGCGAAAUUCGCCGGCGGCCCGGAGCCGGGCGGGGAUUUCUACGUGGCGCUGGUGUCGGAGGAGGAGGUGGUGAUGCUGUUAGGGGACUACAAGAAAAAGGCCUUCAAGAGAACCAAGGCGCGGCCGGCGCUGGUGGAGGCGGUGCAGUUUUACAAGAAAGAACACGUCUCCGGGAAGAAGAGUUUCUCGACGCGGGCGAAACUGGACCACAGAAUGAAGGAGAGCGAGAUCGUGGUGGAGAGCUCCACGACGGGGCCGAAGGAGCCGGAGAUGUGGAUCAGCAUCGACGGGAUUGUGCUCAUUCACGUCAAGAAUCUGCAGUGGAAAUUCCGGGGGAACCAGACCGUGCUGGUUAACAAGCUGCCGGUUCAGGUGUUCUGGGACGUGCAUAAUUGGCUGUUUUGCCUGCCGGGGGUGCCGGAUCACGGGCUGUUUAUAUUCAAGCCGGAGGGGGCGACGGACGGGGAGAGUGACGCCGAGGAGACCUGCAGCGCCGGCGGCGACAGCGAGUGCAGCACGGAUAGCAGGUAUUACUCCGCGCAGAGCCACGCCUCCGCCACGCCGUUUUGCCUUUUCUUGUAUGCGUGGAAGCUUGAGUGAUCUGAGGGAGGGAGAUCAUCGGA